AUGGGCAUAAGUCUGGCAUCUGGUAGAAAUCCGACGAAAGUUCGGUCCGUUCAGCCAAGUGGAUCUUCCCUCUCUUUCUUAUGUAGCUCAUGUUCGCUACCUCGCUUCUACAGGUCGCAGAAAAAUUUCCGUCGAAGCCGAACUCCAAAGUUCCUCAAGUGUGUAGCUAGUCCGCCAACUGAGACGACUGUUUACACAACAAAGGUUCAACGCAAUGCAAAUAUGGAAAAACUACGAGCUGGCUAUUUAUUCCCUGAGAUCGCCAGAAGAAGAGCAGCCCACAUUUCAAAGUAUCCUGAUGCGCAAGUGAUAACCCUUGGCAUUGGUGAUACUACAGAACCUAUUCCAGAAGUUAUAACUUCUCCUAUGGCCAUGAGAGCACAUGCACUUUCCACUGUUGAAGGUUAUAGUGGUUAUGGAGCAGAACAAGGUGAUAAGGAACUGAGAGCUGCUAUAGCUUCAACUUAUUAUGGUCCUCUUGGCAUUGAUGAAGCUGAUAUAUUUGUUUCAGAUGGGGCAAAAUGUGAUAUUUCUCGUCUUCUGCUGCUUUUUGGAGCCAGUGUGAAGAUAGCAGUGCAGGAUCCAUCAUAUCCGGCCUAUGUAGAUUCAAGUGUCAUUAUGGGACAAACAGGCUUAUUCCAAAUGGACAUUGAAAAGUAUGGAAAUAUUGAGUAUAUGAGAUGCUCACCAGAAAAUGGUUUUUUUCCUAAUCUAUCAACCGUAUCACGAGCAGAUAUCAUAUUCUUCUGUUCGCCGAAUAAUCCAACUGGAUCUGCAGCAUCUAGAGAUCAGCUGACAAAACUGGUGCAGUUCGCUAGAGACAAUGGAUCCAUCAUUAUAUAUGACUCUGCUUAUGCCAUGUAUAUAUCUGAUGACAGCCCGAAGACAAUCUUUGAAAUUCCUGGAGCUAAGGAGGUAAGCUGGAUGGCUUUUUCUGAUUUUUUGGUGUUCAGUGAGUUUACUCCGACUGGAUUACUCACGGCUUUAUGUUUAUUUCAGCUUUUCGUUUUAUUCUUUAGUAUUUUUUCUUGGUGUUAAUAUUCAUGCUUUCAA